AUGCAGCUCAGCACUACCAUUGUUGCAGCGGCUGCUGCCAGGAUCACCAGUCCCAUCGGACCUCCCCCGCCGAUUCCUGUGCCUUCCACAAUCCUCACUAGUGCGGCAGUCGAGAGCUUCAACGUCUCUGCCAACGGCAACUUCUCCAUCAACGACGCCCUUGGCAAUCAACUCCUCGCCAGCUAUCACAACUUCAGCAAGACCUGCACCAACAUCCACGGCGACUUCAUUGACACCAUUGUCUGGGCCUGUUGUAGCAACAUGAAUGGUAGCUGGUUCCAGAACCGCUUCCGUCUCGGCCAGUGCCUCGAGAACCGCCGUGGCAACCUCGUCGCCCGUCGUGACGGCCGCUUCUGGCGCACCUGCCAGGACUGUGGCUUCAAGGACCCAGACAGGGCCACGAUGUACAGCUGCCGCUGCUGGCCGAAGCCGACGGCUGGGGUUGAGCAUAAGUUGAUGGACACGGAGAUUGACUUGGAUACCUUCAUGGGCAAUGAUCAAGGCGAGCUGGCGUGCUUUGGAGUCAAGGAGAGACGACGCAACGAGGAAUGCCAGCCCUGA